AUGUCAGUCUCUCUCAAUUCCAUGGUAAGGCGGCUUUUGUCAAAGCCUCUUUCGCUUUUCAACGUGCCGUUCCUUUCGAGGACCCCAAGACACGCUAUUGCGGCGUCUUCUACCAUUGGAAGCUAUGGUGCUACUGAUUCCAACGCGGGAAACUGUUUAUCCGACAUAUUGAAUGACAAUGGCAUAUAUUUAGCAGUGCCCAAGAAGAAGGUAUCGCAUCAGAAAAAACGACAAAAACUCUAUGGUCCUGGUCGCAAACAGCUAAAAAUGAUUCACCAUCUUAAUCGCUGCCCAUCGUGUGGCCAUUUCAAACGUGCCAAUACCAUUUGUAUGCAUUGUUUCCAUGAAAUACGUCGCAUAUGGAAGGACCAUACCGUGGAACAACGAGCGGAGCCUAUUCAAGAACAAGAGCUUUCGGAGAACGACAAGCGCAUCCUAUAUCCAGGGAAGAAAGAAACAGAAUACACGAAGAAGUUGAAGGAAAAGGAAACGUACCUGGACCGUAGACAUAGAACUCUACUUGUGGAAAGGGAAGUCAGCGAAACCAAAAAAUAG